AUGAACUUACAAGAUUUUGACGAGGAGUAUGUGGACGUACGAACGUUGCCACUCAGGCCUCCUCAACCGUUGUUGCCCCCACAGCGGCCCGUGCGUCGGCCGUGGCACCCCGUCAUGUGGGACGACUCAAUCACCGGCAUUCCUCCACCAGAACAAAAGGAAUCAGAAGAGUCUGUGCCAGUGUCGCGAGAGUACCCCCACAAGCAGCGCAUACGCAACCUGCGCCGCCUCAUCGCCGAGGGGAAAGUUAAGCCUACUUCUGAGACGUUGAUAUUUUUCCUGUGUAACAAAUUCGCCGCAUCCGGCGAACGCAGACAGCUCGAGUAG